AAUUUAAAGCUCAUGCUCCAAAACAUAUUCUUCUUGAUAAAUAAACUUGACUCAGAAAUCUACAGAAUAAGAGACUGCAGGAUAAUGGCUUUGACUGGAAGAUCUGAUGUUUUCCUGAGGGUGCAGAGGUGACAGGAACAAGGCCUGUAGGAGAAUGGAAAUUGAAGAUCUUGUGGCCUGGUGGGUUAACACUGAAUCAACAAUUCCCAGGAGAUUGGCUUGACCUGCAGGAGCUGUCAUGCAUAGAACAUGGGUCAUUGUUCUUAUAUUAAGGAAUUAGCAUCUUCCUGCAUCCUGGAAAAGUGACUAAGGUCCAAAAAUCCUCUGGGCAAAGCGGCAGAGGCCUAAAGCAAAAAGGUUUUAUAAAACCUAGCUGAAGGCCUAGGACUGGGGCAACGGAGCGCGUGCCCACAGAGAGGGCUCUGAGUGCCGCCUCUGGCACCCAUGCCAAAGGUUCGCCACCACUGUCCUAAGUUAUUCAAGAUGCAAAGCCCUGAAAAAAUAGCCAACCUCAGCAAGAAACCAGAGGAAUGUUAUUAAUAUUUGGUCAAGCCUAUUGCUGACAGCUAUUGCAGGCGGGAAACAAAAACGGAAUAAAAAAGCAGAAAUGCAAGAAGAAAGUGAAGAUAAAAGUUCUUUAGGGGAGUUAACAGAGAGUCCACAACAAGAUCUGUCCAGUGAAAUUAUUCCAUACUCUGAAACAGAUCUGUCCAGUGAAAUUAUUCCAUACUCUGAAACAGAAAAUACAAGGACAGAAGGAACACCUGCAGUUGUAUGUGAAGAAGGUAUUUGUCAGACAAUCCAGCACCCAAGAUGGUGGAUUCCAAGGAUUCGGAAAGAUGAUGAAUUCUUCCAUUUUAUCAUUAUUUGUUUUGCUGUUGGAAUGUUAUUAGUCUGCUAUUAUAAAUAUAACGACUGGACAGUUUCCACUGGAAUUGGCUUGAUGACCUUCGCAGCCCUAGAAACAACAGGAAUAUAUUUUGGCCUUGUGCACCGCAUUCGAAGUAUCCUGGAAUCUUUCAUCCCCCUUAUUCAAAGAAUCAGAAUGCCUGGGUUCAAAAAGCUUAACUAAGCCAGAAAUCUCAAGAGCACUGAAAUUAUCCUGUUUGGUUUCAUGACUGCAGGAACAAAUGUAACAAUGUGAAAACAAUAUAAAUGUCUGGACUAAAGAAUUGAGGUCCUAGGAGUGGAGCUGGUAAGAUGGGAUGAAGAGCUUGGGCCAUCCAAACACAGCACAGAUGCCAUCAACAGCUCCACAACAGCCCGAAGGGAAAUGGCUUUCAAGCUGUCCUUUGCAAGGAAAGGGCUGGAGAAAUCAACUCAGGAUUUAAACCUGAGAACAUAUGAUAUAGCUAGACUUUCAGGCUCUUUAGAAGCUGUUUUUAUCAUUAUUAGAGAUGCUGGUACUGCAAUAAAGUUACUUAACUAUCCAA